CUCUGUUCGUUUUCCUAACCUCAACAUACGUGUAUUAACGCCAGCAAUUACGACUGCAUCAAAAGUCAAAACUCUCUAUAAAAAUUUGCUCUCGCAAAAACAUCUCUUGUUGAAAUUCUUGGUUACAAACUCCUGGUGAAUUAAUUUGAAGAAAAAAUGGUUUUCAAGUUGAAUAACCACUUGUUGUCUAGUAUAGCAAGCAGCAACGGACAUGGUGAAGACUCCCCAUAUUUUGAAGGCUGGAAAGCCUAUGACAGUAAUCCCCAUCAUCUCACGGAGAAUCCAAAUGGGGUUAUCCAGAUGGGUCUUGCAGAGAAUCAGCUUUGCUUUGAUUUGAUUCAAGACUGGCUCAAAAACAACCCAAAAGCCUCCAUUUGCACUCCUGAAGGAGUUAAUGAGUUCAGAGAGGUAGCUAUCUUUCAGGACUAUCAUGGCCUGCCAGAAUUUAGAAAUGCUGUAGCAAAGUUCAUGGAAAAAGUGAGAGGAAAUAAAGUUACAUUUGAUCCUGACCGCAUUGUUAUGAAUGGAGGAGCUACCGGAGCUCAUGAAACAAUUGCCUUUUGCUUGGCAGAUCCCGGCGAGGCAUUUUUGGUACCUACUCCUUAUUAUCCAGGAUUCGAUCGAGAUUUGAGAUGGAGAACAGGAGUAAAACUCAUUCCAGUUGAUUCUAAAAGUUCUAACAACUUCAAGGUAACAAGAGAAGCCUUGGAAAAUGCCUAUGAGAUGGCAAAAUUAGACAACAUCAAAGUAAAGGGCUUGCUCAUAACCAAUCCAUCAAAUCCGUUGGGCACCAUGCUAGAUAGGGAAACUCUAAGAAGCAUUGUGAGCUUCAUUAAUGAAAAGAACAUCCAUUUAGUCUGUGAUGAGAUUUAUGCAGCCACGGUUUUCAGCCAGCCUGAUUUCAUUAGCAUAGCAGAGAUACUACAGGAAGAUAUUGAAUGCAAUCUUGAUCUUGUACACAUUGUUUACAGUCUGUCAAAGGACAUGGGGUUCCCUGGCCUUAGGGUUGGCAUUAUCUAUUCUUACAAUGAUGCAGUAGUGAGUUGCGCCCGAAAAAUGUCAAGCUUCGGAUUGGUAUCCUCUCAAACUCAGCACAUGAUAGCAUCAAUGCUAUCAGAUGAUGAAUUUGUGGGGAAUUUCAUUAGGAAAAGCAAAAGGAGAUUAGCCACAAGGCAUAGAGUCUUCACUUAUGGACUUGCUCAAGUAAGCAUUAAGUGCUUGACGACAAGUAAUGCUGGCCUGUUUUUGUGGAUGGAUUUGAGUGGACUCCUCGAAGAAAAGACAUUUGAAGCUGAAAUGGCACUAUGGCGAGUUAUAAUCCAUGAAGUCAAGCUCAAUGUUUCCCCAGGUUGUUCUUUUCAUUGCACGGAGCCAGGGUGGUUUCGGGUUUGCAUUGCCAACAUGGAUGACCAGACCAUGCAAGUUGCUUUGUCAAGAAUUAGAACAUUUGUCAACAAGGAUGUCGACACCAAGAAGCCUAAAAAGACCCUACGCUGGCAAGGCAGCCUUAAACUCAACUCUCCUCGAAUAUACGAUGAUUUCAUCAAUUCUCCGCACUCUUCCAUACCUCAAUCGCCCCUUGUCCGAGCAAGGACUUAGAUGGGAUCGAAUCUCAAUUUCAUCCAUCCAUUUUUCAAAGAACCAUCUCAACCCAAUAACUUAAACUUUUAGGUAAGGUUCCAGAAUAUGAUUUAUAUUAUUCUCUAACACAUCUCCUCAAGUGAAAGCCCUUUGAGCUUGACACUUGCACAGGCCCACAUUACCUUGUGCUUAAUUUUUAUCAAAUAAAUGGGGAUGGUGAGAUUCGAACUCGUGACCGCUUGGUCAUUAAGGCUCUGAUACCAUGUCAAAGAAACAUCUCAACCCAAUAGCUUAAGCUUUUAGGUAAGGUCCCAGGAUAUGAUUUAUAUUAUUUUCUAACACCAUUCCUAUGUACGUUGCUCAGGGAAGAUACUUUGGUCAAUCCUUUCAUAUUCAUCAAGAUAUGUAUUUGUUAAAAAAUAAUAUAGAUUAUAUUUUGGGACCUCACCUAAUAAUUUAAGUUAUUAGGUUGAGAUGAUUUUUUGACAUGAUAUCAGAGCUUUAAUAACCAAGCAGUUACGAGUUUCGAAUCUCACGAUCCUCAUUUAUUUAAUAAAAAUUAAGCAAAAGGUAAUGUAAACUUAUGCAAGUUUCAAGAUUAAAGAGCUUUUACUUGAGGGGGUGUGUUAAAAAAUAAUAUAAAUCAUAUCCUGAAACCUCACUUAACA